UUCUACAGUCUAGCUCGAGACAAACGAUAUUGGAAAAUUGAUCCCGAUUUAUUCUAUCCUGAACGUUUUCAAAAUGAAGAUAAAGAUCAUCAACCUUAUGGAUUAAAUGCAGGUGAAAAUGGUCAAUGUGGAAAGAAUUUAUUGAAACGUGUUGAUGGACGAUUGGUGAAUUUAGAUGGAAAAUCUUCAGUACAGAUGGAACCUGGCGUAAGUCAUCUCAAAAUUGAAUAUCAAAGAAAUGAAUGA